UGAUUUUAAAUCAAAGAGUAACUAUGAGGUUAAAGUUCUGAUCGUUGGCCUUAAUGUAAGUGGCGUGUCCCUCCACGGCCCCCGUUGCAGUCUAGGGGACGUAGGUGGCGGUGGUCAGCCAUAUUGUCUCUGAUACAGCAGAAAUCACACACUGGCAUAUCCACACCGGCGACGGAGGGAGGAGAGGACCGUUGGGUUGACGAAACUCAUCUUAUUGGGAAGCAUUUCGGUCGUCGAAUUGAUCAGGGGGCUAUCCCACCGUGCCCCUGGUGGCCCCUCCCCCCGUCCUCAGGCAAAGCCCCCUCCCCAAACCCCUUACCCUGUUGAGAUCAGUCCCCUCUCAUCCUCUACCUUCCCUCUUCCUCCCUCCCUCCCACCCAUCCUUCCCGUGCUCCAACCAUACUCCGCAGCAGUAAGGUCGCCCCACCAUCUCUGCCAAGCUGUCGGACAUGUCAGGACCCGUGCCGAGCCGGGCCCGAGUGUACACUGAGGUCAACACUCAUCGGCCCAGGGAGUACUGGGACUACGAGUCUCACGUGGUGGAAUGGGGAAACCAGGAUGACUUUCAGCUGGUCCGAAAGCUAGGGCGUGGCAAGUACAGUGAAGUUUUUGAGGCAAUCAACAUCACCAAUAAUGAGAAGGUGGUGGUGAAGAUCCUCAAGCCUGUGAAGAAAAAGAAGAUCAAGCGUGAGAUCAAGAUUUUGGAGAACCUGCGUGGAGGUCCGAAUAUAAUCUCCCUCAUCGACAUUGUGAAAGACCCUGUGUCUCGGACGCCUGCCUUGGUCUUUGAACACGUUAACAACACAGACUUCAAGCAACUGUACCAGACCCUGACAGAUUAUGACAUCCGGUUCUACAUGUAUGAGAUCCUUAAGGCCCUGGACUACUGCCACAGCAUGGGAAUCAUGCAUAGAGAUGUGAAGCCACAUAAUGUGAUGAUCGAUCAUGAACACCGUAAGUUGCGCCUUAUUGACUGGGGUCUGGCUGAGUUUUACCACCCAGGACAGGAGUACAACGUCAGAGUCGCCUCCCGCUACUUUAAAGGACCCGAGCUCCUCGUGGAUUAUCAGAUGUAUGACUACAGUCUGGAUAUGUGGAGCCUGGGUUGCAUGUUGGCAAGCAUGAUCUUCAGGAAGGAGCCCUUCUUCCAUGGCCAUGACAAUUAUGACCAGUUGGUGAGAAUAGCCAAGGUUUUGGGGACUGAAGACCUCUACGACUACAUUGACAAGUACAAUAUUGAGCUGGAACCUCGCUUCAAUGACAUUUUGGGAAGGCAUUCUCGUAAGCGGUGGGAGCGGUUUGUCCACAGUGAGAACCAGCACCUGGUAAGCCCUGAGGCUCUGGAUUUUCUCGACAAGCUGCUGCGCUAUGACCACCAGGCCCGGCUGACAGCCCGCGAGGCCAUGGAUCACCCUUACUUCUUCCCCAUUGUGAAAGAUCAGUCUCGUGUGGCCGGAUCAGCCAACCUGCCCAGUGGGAACACAGCUGUUAGCACAGCCAGCAUGAUCACUGGUAUCUCUGCCUUGCCAGCCUCCACUGCCCUAGGGCCUCUCACUGGCUCGCCGGUCCUGUCUGCUGCCACCAACGCCCUGAGCACCCCGGUACCCGCUGCUGCUGGCGCCCCACAGUGACACCCCCCCCCAAAUCCAUAAUCACCUUCCUCCCUCCUCCCCUUUCCCCCCCCCAGUCUCUCCCACCUCCUCCUCCACCACCACCACCCAGUCCGAGGGCGGGGGGAACUAGACAGGUGCCACUCUGCCAGCCCUCAACACAUUCACCCUAACUCAGUGUGACCGCGCCUUGCCAAGCUCCUGGCUGGAGGAUGCUGUCGUCUAAGAAAAAGAUACCCCCCCCUGUUCCUUUUCCUCCUCGAAUGAACGUGUUAACAUGACAUCUGAAAUGAAUGUUCUGUGUAAUUGAAAUAUACAGGUAUUCCUUUCAUUUUCCUCACGAGCUGUAGUAAAUACAAAGGGGCGUAUGUGUGUUUGUGUGUGAUGAGAGCGAGUGUCAUCCACGGCUGAUUAGGGGUCUCAGCAGCCCCCCUUUGUGCGUGCGUGUGUGUGUGCGUGUGUGUGUGAGUUUUAGUUUGGAUUGUGAAGGCAGUGGUCAAUAAGUACAUCAGCAGAAGGCAAACGAAAGAUGUUGGCCAACAGGACCAAAAGGAGCACAUCCUGUAUAGUUUACUACUGCAGCAUCAUCAAAAACAAGACCUGAUGAGAACACUUAAUUUACCUCCCCAGAUGAGUCUAAACGCCGUCCAGGUCGCAGCAUUUUGGAAGUGUUUGGUGCUGUUCUGUGCUCCAGGUGUAUGUAAACACAGUGACACUUCAACACUUUCUCUGCCGGAUUAGUUUUAUCUCGCCUUUGUUACCAAACCAGAUCACCAGUUUUCUUUUGAUAUGCGACUCACUGUCAUAUUAAUUUGUUUUGUAAUGAAAUGUUCCCGGACUGCUGGAUGAGGUUCAUCGCCAUCAAGCGGUUGGAUCGACUUUAGCGUUGUACUGAUCUCUUUUAGAAGCCAGGUAAGGUUCAUUCAGGUUCUCAAAGAAAAUGGUUUGUUAAACGUGCUGCUUUCCAGUUCCUUGAAUUAACUUCAAGUGGCUUUUUUCUUGAAUGACUUCAAGACAUAACCAAAGUUUACUCAGUUGGUUGGAAGAAGAGACUGACCAAACCUAGUUGUUUUUGUGGGUGUUACUCAUGGAGAUGCUGUAAUGCAGGUUGACCGUGUGGGUUCUAGUGAAUAAGAUGCCAUCAUGAUUCAAUAACCAUCUGCAGGUGUCUGAAGCGCUGUUCGUGUUGGAGGAAAGUUCAGUUUGGUCAUGUGACCCAGGUGAGCUUUGUAAUGAGUAUUACAGUAUUACUGGCUUUCCCCAACAUGUUGAAAGAAGUAUUGAAAUGUUGAAUAGCACUUGAAAGGUAGAUUUUUUUUUCCCCCAGUGUUUUAGUGCCAGAGUUUGAAAGUGUAAGUUUUAGACCCUGCUGUACAUAUGCAUCUUUUUUUUUCUUUUUUUUUUCAUUUCCAAACCUGAAAAUGCAAAUAAAUCCGAACAUGUAUACAUUGACCUGAGAACGGAGCAGUUUGAGUCCCUACAUCACUGUAUAUAUUUUUAUGUCCUUAUGUAGAAGACUAGUAUUUGAAAAUAUUUGUGUAAAUAAACACGUGUUUUAUUUAUCAGGUA